AAAGAGAAGAAAACAAAACAGUAGAGAAUGAGAAAAAACCACAGGGAAAAGCAGAGCACUCUUUAUCUCUUCUUCUCUCUUUCUUCUACUCUGUGAUCAAACUAUCGAAGAAAAAACAAACCCUAGAUUUAUCCGCCCCUCUUCUUCCUCUGAUGAUAAGAAAGUCGAAGACUUUGAGAAUCUAAAGCUGAAAAAUUUUGUUUUUUUUCAUUGAGGGAAUCGAAUCGAGUUAUGUACAAGGAUCGGAGUGGAGGAGGAAUAAUGGGUGGUGGUGGAUCAUCGAGAUCGGAGAUCCUUGGUGGAGCUAUUGAUCGGAAACGAAUCAAUGAUGCUUUAGACAAACAUCUUAAGAAAUCUUCACCUUCUACAUCUAGGGUUUUCACUUCUAAGGACAAAGAUUCUGUCCCUUCUACUUCAACUGCUAAAUCUCAGCUUCAUUCUCGUUCCCCCGAUGUUGAAUCUGACACGGAUAGUGAAGGAUCAGAUGUGAGUGGUUCAGAAGGUGAUGAUACCUCUUGGAUCUCAUGGUUUUGUAAUUUGAGAGGGAAUGAGUUUUUCUGUGAAGUAGAUGAAGAUUAUAUACAAGAUGAUUUCAAUCUCUGUGGUUUGAGUGGUCAAGUUCCUUACUAUGAUUAUGCACUUGAUCUCAUUUUAGAUGUUGAAUCAUCAAAUGGUGAUAUGUUUACUGAAGAACAGCAUGAGAUGGUGGAAUCAGCUGCUGAGAUGUUAUAUGGUCUUAUUCAUGUUCGUUAUAUUCUCACUACUAAAGGAAUGGCUGCUAUGAUGGAGAAGUAUAAGAAUUAUGAUUUCGGGAGAUGCCCCAGAGUUUUCUGUUGCGGACAGUCUUGUCUUCCGGUUGGCCAAUCUGAUAUCCCGAGGUCGAGCACUGUGAAGAUAUACUGCCCAAAAUGCGAGGAUAUUUACUACCCGCGAUCUAAAUACCAAGGCAGUAUCCUUUGCUCCUCUGUUCAAAAAAGCUUUAUCUUGUCAUAAUAUGAUGCAUCUGCUAUUGUUUGGUUAAACAUUGCGAUUAGCUAGUUUGUUUGCAUUAAAUCUUUUAGAAGAUAAAGAGUGUUGUCCACUUGUCUUAGUGUUCUUUCCUUAAUGCUUAUUGCAGACAUUGAUGGAGCUUACUUUGGAACUACUUUCCCUCAUUUGUUUCUCAUGGCCUAUGGGAACAUGAAACCGCAGAAGCCGGCUCAAAACUACGUUCCUAAGAUCUUUGGCUUUAAGGUACACAACAAACAAUGAUACUCUCUCCUCUCAACAGUCUUGUGGUUGAAUACAAUCUCGGUGGCUAAACCACCAUUCUUCUGAUGGUCACGGGUUUGAAAUGGAUGAUACUAAACUGCGUUUGGAGGAUGAGAAGAGCUAAUGAAGAAAGGUCGACACUUAAAAGUUUUUCACUAUGUAAUCUCAAAAGUUCUAAGUAGAAUCUUCAACAUAGAACCGUUCUUUGAUGGGUCUUGGGAAAUUCUUUACCUGUGAGUAAUCAAUUAAAUCAUUUACCAGAUGGAUGGAUUUUGCUUUGCUUAACUGUUGUCUAUAAUUGCUGAAAAUUUAGGGUGUAUCCUACUUAUCUUAAGUUUCUUGUGUUGUACGGAACUAAUCUUCAUUUUUCAAUCACUAUUAACCAAAACAAAUCUGAAAACAAAAGAUAGAUGGAAC